GCAAUUUUCCUUCCCGCGCUCACUCUCUCUCUCGGUCGACUAAUCUCUCUGUCAACUGAGGAUUUUCAGAAAAACAACAUCUUUCAUACCUCGUUCUUCAUCUACUGUUGUCUUUUAUUCUUAAUCUCAUGCGCGUUCCUUGAUUUGUUUUUCCAUUUCAAUGACGAGAGCUCAAAUAAAAGAACAGGCAGACGCUAGUCUUGAAAUAAUUUCCAUCGGAUCCUUGUACAGUGGACUAUGGGACAAGAAGUACUGGAGCAGCUCUAGGGGUAAAGAUCGAUAUCCCUAUCCAGUUGGAUAUCAGGCUAUUCGCGCUUACAAUGGGAUCAAAUAUAAAAUGGAAAUCCAUGAGGGUCCGAAAGGGCCUUUAUUUAUGAUUUUGUCCAUGGAUGGAGGUUCAUUUUCUGGGCAAACCCCUGAUAUUGCGUGGGAAAAGUUUCAGAGGAAAGGUUGCCUCCACAAUAAAAUUUGGCACGGGAAAAGGUCUUCAUGCAAGGUUGAUGGUGUUGAGUUUUUUGGGUUAAAAAACCCAUUUAUUCAGAGGUUACUUAGGGAGCUAGUGGCAAAUAUCAGUGGAACAGCAGAAGUAAAUCUGCUUCCUUCAAACUUAUGCAAUAAUGCUUCUGGAUCUGCACAGACUAAAGUUGAGCAUCAUUCUGCUGAUGAAUGUGAAAAGGCUGAAUUGAUUCCUUGCCCUGAAAGAUCAAAGAUUAUAAGAAAGAGAAGCAGGAACCAUGGAAUUGAAAUUGCAAAGUCACCGGGUGGGGCUAAGCUAAAAAAAGUACGAAAUCAUUGUCCAAAAAUUAAAUCCAUGACUGCAAAACUGUCAAGUUCAGUGUCUGUUAAUGAAGAAAAUCAAAGUUUUUGUGGUAAGUAUGAAAAGGAACAAAUUAAAGGGAUUUCCUUGACUGUUCCGAAAAAUGAUGACAUCAGUAAUAGGCCAACAACAUUUUUGGCAGCAGUACCUGCAUCAGCUAUAGAGAAAGCUAUGCGCGAAGAUGGCAUCUCUGCAACCACUGAAGUAGCUCAUAACUUGCCCAAUGAUGAAAAGCUUCAUGAUAGGUUGUCAAUGGACAAGUUGGAAGGUAUUAAUCGAGAAAUGGAAACGGAUGAUAACAGUGGAGUUGCUUCUUUCCAAAAAGAUUGUCCAGAUACUGAAGAUGAUCAUCAUCAUGCUUCAGAUACUUCAGAUCUAAAGCAAGAUAGCUUGGGAAAGAAUAACCUCAAUCAGCCUGAUAUUGUCGUACCGGAAGAGUUGGUGAUGGACUCCCAUCCAGAAGAAAUCUGCUCAUUGAACAUAAAUUCAGGCUCUGAAAGAAAUGAUUUUGAUUCAGUAGGUCAAGAUAUGGUGAAGUCAAUGAUGACAUUUUUGCUUCCACAAGCAAUUCCUUUGCUUAAGAAGACUUCUGGAAGGAAAAAGGCCUCCACUUCUACUUUGGAAAGUUUGCCUUGUGAUGGAAAUACAAAAGAUAUAUUGCCUAUGGAGAAAGAAGAUAGAGAAAAGCAGGAACACAUGGUCACCCAACAUGGGGAUUACCAAUCUACUGUCCCAAGUCUUGAACUUUCCAGACCUUCUCUUCACAAUCUAGAGGGUGAGCAACAUUACGACCAUGUGGACAUUAAUGGCAGCUUCUCUUCUAUUGCUGAUGAUGGCAGAGCUAAGGAGGAUCUGAAACCUAUUAAUUCUUGUGGAUUUGAAUUGUCUGGUCGCAUGAAUGAUGAGUCAUUGGUAAAUCAUCAUGAAACCACCGGAAGCAAGAAGUCCUGUGACAGUGAAAUUGGUGAAAAUUUGCAUGGAACAUGUCAGGAGGGUAAUUUGUAUGUUCCAGAAUGUCUUCCCAGCUGGACUUCUUCUGGUAUAGCUCUUUUUGAUGAAACUAUGCACAAUAAUAUAAGGAUGGAAGAAUGUCCGUUAAAUCUUCAAAUAAAUUCCGGGAAAGUGGACCUGAGAACUCCUAAAGAUUAUGUAGAAAGCAAUGGUGAUGAGCAACCUUGUCUGAGUGUAUCCUUCUCUCAACUCCACGCUCAGAAUGCCUAUGAUUCAAGUACCUCAUCAUUUUCAGAGGCACUAAAUAAGGAAGUCCUUGCAGGAAAAAAGGCAGCGGGGAUUGACACUUUGCCAUCUUCUCAAGUUCCAAGCAUUGUCUACAGUAGGAGAAAAGCUCAAAAUGUGUCUCAUUUGACUAAGGAACACAAUUCCCCACCCAAUGAAGCUUACCGCACUAAUUGCCUUGGAAAACAUUUUGGUGCCGAAAUAUCAUCCACUAGAUCUCCACAUUCUUCUGAUACCAAAAUUAACAUUCUACCUAGAAACCAACAAAGAGAAGAUUUUCUUUCUGAACCUACACCUGGAGAACAAUCCCCCAUCAAUUGCAGUUAUAAAAUUACUAUGAAGUCUGAAGCAGGAUUAGAAAAAAUAUGUUCUCUCAGUCCUACAUUAGACCAAGAAGAGGCUUCACUGAGAGCGAGAGCCAACAUGAAUGACCAUAAUUCAGAACUUCUAGGUAAACCUGUUUGGAAGGAAGAUUUGGAAGGUUGUGUUGACGAGGAGAUGAUUGAACAUAACAACGUUUUUAGUACAAAUAAAUACGAGUUAUCUCAUGAUAUGGGGGCGACCUUCAGGCACAAUAAUAAGGAUUCUUAUCCUCAUUGCAACGUGGAGCUCUAUCGUGAGGCAGAAGGAAUGUCAAAGAUAGUGGGAUCUUAUUUGCACCCCAUGCCUGUAUUAUCAGUAUUUCUCAUCAACGUUGAGAACUUAAUCCACAUUUGUGUUUUGUGUGGUCUCCCAGUGGACAAGAACAGAACACUCAUGACUUACACGGUGGAAAUGGGAGAACCAAGGUUGGGAUACCCAUCUUUGGUUGGUCACACGACAGUAACGUUGCCAACUCUAAACGAUUAUUUGGGCAAAGAAAUCGCAGUUGAACGAACUGGUUUCCAGUUAACUCCAGAUGGGAAAUAUAUUGUUUUGAUCGGUGGCGUUAGAACUCCUUUUUGCAGGACAGGGAAUAUUAAUUGUUCAUGCUCUACAUGUACAUCUGGCAAGUUUGAAGAGAAUGUCGUGAAUAUUGUGCAAGUUAAAUAUGGCUACGUGUCAAUCAUGGCAAGCUUGAAAAGUGCUGACUGUGCACAUUGUAUAUUGGUUUGUGAACCUGACCAGCUUGUUGCUGUUGGGAGGGGUGGACGUCUGCAUCUUUGGGUCAUGGACUCAACUUGGGGCAAACAGAUAGAAAGUCAUACCAUACCGUCCGGGGAUCACAUAUCUCCUAACUUGGUGGACCUUAAAAGGAUCCCAAAGUUUGCCAAUCUGGUUGUAGGCCACAAUGGAGUUGGUGAAUUCAGUUUAUGGGAUAUCUCAAAACGCACUCUAAUGUCUAGGUUCUUUACACCAAGUGCCUCAGUUAAUCAAUUCCUUCCAAUUAGUUUGUUUGGUUGGAAAAGUACGGAAAAAUUUAUCAGCAACUCUAAUUCAGGGGACUAUGUUAAAGAUCUGUCGUAUGCAACGAAUCCAAGCUCAAAGAACACUGAGGAACAUUCGUCCCUUCAGCCAAAGGACACUGCCAUAUGGCUUUUAGCCUCGACCAUAUCAGAUUCUUAUGAUUCACAUGACUAUCUACCGAAUGAUUGUCAGAUAAAUCAUGAAGGAUUGUGGAAGCUAGCUCUACUUGCCAACAGCACUGUUACAUUUGGUACAGAGAUGGACUUGAGGGCUUCUGCCAUUGGAGCAUCAUCUGGUCGAGGUAUCAUUGGGACUCGGGACGGCCUUGUUUACAUAUGGGAAUUAUCUACAGGAAAUAAACUGGGCACUCUUCUUCGUUUCAAAGGUGCAAGUGUUUUUUGUAUUGCGACUGAUGAUAGAGAGACAGGUGUUGUGGCUGUGGCGGCUGAUGGUAGGCUUCUGGUUUAUCUACUUUCGUCAGAUGGGAAAAGAUAACCAUAAAUGCACAACCAACAAAGAAAAUUCAUUACUUGUAGAUUCUGCACACCCCACCAGCAAAAUGUUUCAGUUUUAGUUGGUGUCUGCCGUGAUUUUGAUAUGAUAAUGUAGGAUUUAUUUUGACAUGGUUGCAUCUCAGCUGACAAUGAAUGUAAAUAAUCAUUCAUUAUGAAAUAAAACAAAUCAUACCUAGGAAGCGUGUAUUGUUGUAUAUAAACCUUACAAAAGUGACUAGUGAAUUAGUAUUCCUUUCUUUAAGGUUUGAAUUUAAAUUUUUAU